GGAUAUUUUGUGCAAGUGCUCAACGGUGCCUUUGUUUCCCAUGGCGGAGAGCUGUGAGUUCGGAAAGACCUCCGAUGGAAGGGUGGUCACCAAGUACACCCUGUGCAAUGGCACCAUGAAGGUGAGCAUUAUGGAUUUGGGCGCCGCCAUUUGUUCCGUGCAGGUACCGGACGCCAAGGGAAAGCUGGGAGAAAUCUGCCUCGGCUACGACGAGCUAACACCGUACCUGGAUCCCAAAACCAAUCCCUACUUCGGAGCCGUUGCUGGAAGAUGCGCCAAUCGCAUCUGCAAAGGCCGCUUCAAGCUGGAUGAUGUGGAAUACCAACUGGAGACCAACAAUGGCCCGAAUCACCUCCAUGGCGGCAACGUGGGCUUCGAUAAGUUGAUCUGGACCGUGGAGUCCUCGUCGCCGAGCUCGCUGGUGCUGUCCGUGGUCUCGCCGGAGGGCGAUGAGCACUACCCGGGGCAAGUCGCCGCGAAGGUGACGUAUUCCCUGCCAAAGUCGGACACGCUGUGCAUGGACUAUGAAGCCACCACCAACAAGCCUACCAUUAUCAACCUUACCAAUCAUAACUAUUGGAACCUGGCGGAUGGUGGCAUUUCCAGCAUAUUGGAGCACGAGAUUGAGCUCUUUGCAGAUUUCUACACGCCCGUAGACGAUACCUCCAUCCCCAGCGGUGAGCUGCGGGCCGUGGCCGGUGGCGCCAUGGACCUACGGCAGCGGGGGAAGAUCGGGAGAGGUAUUAAGGACGCCGACAACGGUCUGGGCUACGAUCACAACUACGUCCUGCGGGGCUCCAUGGUCUAUGACCCUUCAGGGCUUCAGCCUGUCGCCAAGGUGUACGAGAGCACUUCGGGACGCUGGAUGGCAGUCUUCACAGAUCAACCUGGAGUUCAAUUCUACACCGGAAACUACUUGGACGGCUUUCCAGGUCGAACGGGGCAGGGCUACGAGAAGCACCACGGCUUUUGUCUCGAAACUCAGCGUUUUCCAGAUGCAGCAAACUGGUCGCAUUUCAGUCCAGUAGUGCUGCGACCGGGAGAAGUGUACCGCCACCACACCCGCCAUGAGUUCGGGUGCAGCUGAUCGCUUUGAACCUUGAACGGCUCGUGGCGUUGGAGAAAAGCCACCACGAAAAAACCGCCGCUUCAUUCAAGCCCUGUGAUGGUUCAUAGCGGGGAUCGAAGCAAACC